AUGAACGCGUGCAAACUCGACGACCGUGUGUCGGGUGGUUCCAGUUCGCUACGCCACGUCAAAGCGACACUUCAGAAAGCAUACCUGAAGUCUGGCCGAAUGGGUCUUCGGAGUGAAUUAGAAUAUUUGCUAUAUGCGGAGGAAGUCACGUCUAAAUACUCGACGCCCAAUCUCGAGCAGCAGAAGAAGGUGGCGGAUUUGCGAUUUCCCGCCGAAUGGUACCCUCAAGCCCGUGCCAUGCAGCGCACCAUCCAUCUACACGUCGGUCCGACAAAUUCAGGAAAGACGUAUCGAGCGUUGAAACGGCUGGAAGCAAGUGAAAGCGGAUUCUACGCCGGUCCACUCCGUCUCCUUGCGCAAGAGGUCUAUGGUCGCUUCCAGUCGACUGGUUUAUCGUGCAGCCUGGUCACGGGUGAUGAGGUCAAAAUUCCUGACGGACAGAGUCCCAGGAUCACCAGUAACACCGUUGAAAUGGUCAAUCUGAGUCAUCCGUAUGACGUUGGUGUCAUCGACGAGAUACAAAUGAUUGCGGACUCCCGACGUGGAUGGGCGUGGACCCGCGCCGUCCUAGGUUCGCGGGCCAAAGAGCUUCAUCUCUGUGGUGAACAGCGAGCUGUCCCUUUGAUCCGGGAGCUGGCGGCACUGACCGGCGAUAAACUGGAGAUCCAUCGCUACGAACGGUUGAACCCACUGAAGGUGGCGGAUCAGAGCUUGAAGGGUGAUCUGAGAAAUCUCCAAAAAGGAGACUGCGUGGUUGCUUUCUCGCGGGUGGGGAUUCACGCCUUAAAAGCAGAUAUCGAAAAGGUUACCGGGCGCCGCGCGGCGAUUGUCUAUGGCAGCUUGCCAGCUGAGAUUCGAACCCAACAAGCUAGUCUGUUCAAUGACCCGAACAACGACUACGACUACCUGGUCGCUAGCGACGCUAUUGGUAUGGGUCUCAAUCUGAGCGUCAAGCGGAUCGUCUUUGAAACGAUCGUGAAGAGAGUCCCAGGGGGCUUACAGAGGCUCUCAGUCCCUGAGAUCAAGCAGAUUGCGGGCCGCGCUGGUCGAUACCGGUCUGCAGCGCAACACGCGAGCAAAAAGAACGCAGACGAGAAUUCGAAUGUCGGUAUCGUCACGUCUCUGGAAGAAGUUGACCUACCGCACAUUCGCCAAGCGAUGGGAGUUGAACCCCCUCCCCUUGCUGCUGCCGGCAUUAUUCCUCCAGACCCCGUCUACCAGCGGUUCGCUGCCUACUUCCCACCGGGUGUCCCCCUAGAAUACAUCAUCAAGCGCCUGGCGGAGGUAUCGCAGACUCAUCCGUUGUUCUUCAUGUGCGACACGCGACCCCAGCUUGAAAAUGCCGAGGUCAUCGAUACAGUCAGUGGUCUCCAGUUCGAAGACCAACUCACCUUCAUGGCGGCUCCUAUACAAACCCGCGAUAUUGCCUCCCGUGAUGCAGCUAUCGCCUUCCUCCGGUGUGUGGCCGAGCAUUCCGGUGGUCGUUUAUUGGACAUUCCCGACCUGAACUUGGAAAUUCUGGAACAGCCUGUGUCCGGAAAUAAGGAAUACCUUCAUGAGCUGGAGAUUCUUCACAAGUCGGUGAUCUUGUACUCGUGGCUGGGCUAUCGAUUCGGUGGAGUCUUCACGGACCGUACUCUCGCCGCCCAUGUGAAAGAGCUGGUUGAAGAACGUAUGGUGCGGGCCCUGACUGAGUUCUCUGCUAAUAAAAAGCUCCGAAAGGACGCAUCUCUCCGUCGUCAAAUUGCGCUGCAGAAGCAGAUCCAGGAGCACAAGAGACUCCUGGCCGAGGCGGAUAUUGACUCUCUAGAUGGACAGGGGGCAAGUGACGAACCUCCUGUUGAUCUCUCUGCCGAGGAAACUUCGCUAGAGAGAGAAGCCCAAUCGGCAUAG